GAGGCCAGCCUGGCCUACUUUUGAGUUCCAGUUGGGGCUACAGGGAGACCAUGUCUCAAAAAAAGGCAAGUAAAUAAAUAGUUCAAAAAUAAAUAACCCAGCCCUGGCACUGGGUGCACCCUGGCUUAGCUGACAGCUUAGGACAAUCCCGUGGGUGGACAGCCUUCCCACCGGCAUCCACACCAGCUGCCCGGGCAGGUGCGGGUUCCCAAGCCCGCUAGGUGGCCCGCACCUGCGAGCCCGGGCCAGCCUCUUUCCGGGUCAGGUGACCGCGCGCUCUCACGUGCCCCGGCCCGAGUGCAGGCGCUGGAAGGCGGAAGUGGGAGCAGAGUCGGGCGCCGCUAGUGUGGCCGCGGCAGUUUCAUGGUGAUGACAUGGCAUCUGCCAGCUCCAGCCGGGCAGGCGUGGCCCUGCCUUUUGAGAAGUCACAGCUUACCCUGAAAGUGGUGUCAGCAAAGCCCAAGGUGCACAACCGUCAGCCCCGGAUUAACUCUUACGUGGAAGUGGCAGUGGAUGGACUCCCCAGCGAGACCAAGAAGACCGGGAAGCGAAUCGGGAGCUCCGAGCUUCUCUGGAACGAAAUCAUUGUCCUGAAUGUUACAGCCCAGAGUCAUUUAGAUCUGAAGGUCUGGAGCUGUCACACCUUGAGAAAUGAGCUACUAGGCACUGCGUCUGUCAACCUCUCCAACGUCCUGAAGAGCAAUGGCGGCAAAAUGGAGAACACGCAACUGACCCUGAACCUGCAGACGGAGAACAAAGGCAGUGUUGUCUCAGGCGGAGAGCUGACAAUUUUCCUGGACGGGCCGACUGUUGAUCUGGGAAGCGUGCCUAAUGGCAGUGCUGUGACAGACGGAUUGCAACCACCUUCAAGAGAAUCCAGCGGGACAGCUGUAGCUCCAGAGACGAGGCACCCACCCCCCAGCACAAACUGCUUUGGUGGGAGAUCCCGGACGCACAGACAUUCAGGUGGUUCAACCAGAGCAACCACAGCAACCAGCGAGCAAAGCCCUGGUGCUAGGAACCGACACCGCCAACCCGUCAAGAACCCAAGCCACAGUGGCCUCGCCAAUGGCACAGUGAACGAGGAACCCACUGCAGCCACUGAUCCUGAAGAACCUUCUAUUGUUGGUGUGACAUCCCCGCCUGCCACAGCCCUGAGUGUGACCCCAAACCCCAACACGACAUCCCUUCCUGCACCUACCGUGCCCGCUGAGGGAGAGGAGCCAAGCACUUCAGGGACACAGCAGCUCCCAGCUGCUGCCCAGGCUCCCGAUGCUCUCCCUGCUGGAUGGGAACAGCGAGAGCUCCCCAAUGGACGUGUCUAUUAUGUUGACCACAAUACCAAGACCACCACCUGGGAGCGGCCUCUUCCUCCAGGGUGGGAAAAGCGCACAGACCCCCGGGGGAGAUUUUACUAUGUGGAUCACAACACCCGGACCACCACCUGGCAGCGCCCGACAGCCGAGUAUGUGCGCAACUAUGAGCAAUGGCAAUCACAGCGGAAUCAGCUCCAGGGGGCCAUGCAGCACUUCAGCCAAAGAUUCCUCUACCAGUCUUCGAGCGCUUCGACUGACCAUGAUCCCCUGGGCCCCCUCCCUCCUGGUUGGGAGAAGAGGCAGGACAACGGCCGGGUGUAUUACGUGAACCACAACACACGCACUACCCAGUGGGAGGACCCUCGGACCCAGGGGAUGAUCCAGGAGCCAGCCCUGCCCCCAGGGUGGGAGAUGAAAUAUACCAGCGAGGGUGUGAGGUACUUUGUAGACCACAAUACCCGCACCACCACCUUUAAGGAUCCUCGCCCAGGGUUCGAGUCAGGGACGAAACAAGGCUCCCCUGGUGCCUACGACCGAAGUUUUCGAUGGAAGUAUCACCAGUUCCGUUUCCUCUGCCAUUCAAAUGCCCUUCCCAGCCAUGUGAAGAUCAGCGUUUCCAGGCAGACCCUCUUUGAGGAUUCUUUCCAACAGAUCAUGAACAUGAAACCAUACGACCUGCGCCGCCGGCUCUACAUCAUCAUGCGUGGUGAGGAGGGCCUGGACUACGGUGGCAUCGCCAGAGAGUGGUUUUUCCUCCUGUCCCACGAGGUGCUCAACCCUAUGUACUGUUUAUUUGAAUAUGCCGGGAAGAAUAAUUACUGCCUCCAGAUCAACCCAGCCUCCUCCAUCAACCCCGACCACCUCACCUACUUUCGCUUUAUUGGCAGAUUCAUCGCCAUGGCCCUGUACCAUGGGAAGUUCAUCGACACAGGCUUCACCCUCCCUUUCUACAAGCGGAUGCUCAACAAAAGACCAACGCUGAAAGACCUGGAGUCCAUUGACCCUGAGUUCUACAACUCCAUUGUCUGGAUCAAAGAGAACAAUCUAGAAGAGUGUGGUCUGGAGCUGUUCUUCAUCCAGGACAUGGAGAUCCUGGGCAAGGUGACAACCCAUGAGCUGAAGGAGGGUGGCGAGAGCAUCCGAGUCACGGAGGAGAACAAGGAAGAGUACAUCAUGCUGCUGACUGAUUGGCGGUUCACACGAGGUGUGGAAGAGCAGACCAAAGCCUUUCUGGAUGGCUUCAACGAAGUGGCCCCUCUGGAGUGGUUGCGCUAUUUCGACGAGAAGGAGCUGGAGCUGAUGCUGUGUGGCAUGCAGGAAAUAGACAUGAGUGACUGGCAGAAGAAUACCAUCUACAGACACUACACUAAGAACAGCAAGCAGAUCCAGUGGUUCUGGCAGGUGGUGAAGGAGAUGGACAAUGAGAAGAGGAUCCGGUUGCUGCAGUUUGUCACGGGAACCUGCCGCCUGCCUGUUGGGGGAUUUGCUGAACUCAUCGGGAGCAACGGACCUCAGAAAUUCUGCAUUGACAAGGUUGGCAAGGAAACAUGGCUGCCCCGAAGCCACACAUGUUUCAACCGUCUGGAUCUCCCACCCUACAAGAGCUACGAACAGCUGAAAGAGAAGCUGCUGUAUGCCAUCGAGGAGACAGAGGGCUUUGGACAGGAGUAGCCAAGGCUGCCCCUCCAUGCCCCCCAGCACACAUGUGUAGUCCUGAGUCCUCCCUGCCUGAGAGGCCACUGGCUGCACAGCCCUCAGGAGGCCCCCUUGGACGUUGGCCCUGCAUGGGACCACACUUUCAUCAUGCUGGUGACCGAAGAGUCUGACCCCAAGAGGCCCUAUGGCCCCCUCUCUUCUACCUGAUGGUGGCAGUCCGGAAUAAAGCCCCCAGUCACCUUUGGCCCCAUCCAUUACCUGUUGCAGAGGGCCACCCCUCUCUGCAGAAGUGCUCCCUCCACUAGGACCAAACCUGGGUGUGCGUGAAUGUGUGAGGGAACCUGCCCCCGCCCCAAAGGGCUGCCACAGAAGCUGGGCCUUACGUGUUAGGUGAGGAGCUAGGCACUAUGGGUUUGUUGACUAGAUCAAGAAAGCCCAGAGUCUCUGCCAGCAAAGGAGGUUCCACUUACACAGAACUUGUGUGGGGUUUGUGUGGAACACAGGUCUGAGGGAGCAACGCAUCAAAGCCAGCUUUGCCUCUUCCUGGCAAGCUGCAGCCAAGAAGGCUGAGCAGCAAGGGAUGUGGUGCCACCAGCUCAUCCCUUUCUACAAACAGAAGGUUGAACAUGCCAUCACUGUGUGUCAGUGGGAGGGGAACCACAGACCCCCAGACUUUGUCCUUUUACAUAAACUUGAAGUGUCUGUGUGUGGGGUUGCUUUCUGUUUUGUUUCUGGUGUGCUGCUGUUUCCUUUUGUCAAGGAGCUGCUGCCUCAGGCAUUCUGGGGCCACACUGAUCUUAUAGUUUCUCAGACAUCUGCCCCUCCUGGGAACCUGCUUCUCAGUUCUGGCUCCGCUCAGAGGCCAGGUGUGGCUUGGUGCACCUCUGACACCCUCAAACCUCUCAUUGACAAGAUCCGGUUGCUAGAUACAGUCACCAAGCAAGGUAGCUGCCAGUGAGGGCCAGGUGGAUGCAACUGCCCCUCCCCGACAGCCUCUGAGCGCCCCAUGGCCAGUUGGUCCCCACUUAGAAAGGAGUGCCUCGUGGCCAGCUGAGAGAGUUUGUGUUGCAGACACAAAGCUUCAUCAGCAUGUGAGAAGUGACACUGCAGAAAACCAGCACAGAGGCUGGUUUUACAGGGCUCCUGACAGCCUUCCCUGCAGAGAUUCUGCUGUGGAUUGGAAUCUUCCAUGUGUACAGGCCCCUCUGGGGUACCAGAGUGGUGAAAUGGCACUCCCUCUCCUCCAGGCUCCCAGAACUCUAACACCAAGGGGAUGCCAGCUGCCAGCAAGGUCUGGAAGCAUAGGGCUCACAGGUGUUCAUGUGUGUCUGUGCGUGUGUGUGCAUACCUGUGUGUAACUGAAGUGUCAGUAUGGAAUGGCCUGCGCUAGCUAGCACCGAGUUGGUAGCUGGAUUGUUGUGUAAUGCUUGCCCCAUGCCUCGGUAUUGCCAAUUUCUUGUGCAAUAAACAAUCAGCAGCC